CACAAAAAAAAGAAAAAUAGCACAGGGAUCCAGUUUGAUGCCGGCAACAAUGUGUUGUCAUGAUUUGUUGAUGAGGAAUGCCAUGCUUUCUGCCUACACCCCAAUGUGCGUGAGUAAUGCUGCUGGGGGCACACCGGCAGAGCUGCUAGAAACACCUUUCUCUGACUUACCCUGCUCUAUCAAUUGCAGGACUACCUGCGGCUCGGCUGUCGAUGCGGGAGGUGCUGUAGGGCCCUACUGCCUAACACUUGCUGACGAGGACAUCCUUGCAAAGAAUGAGAUCGUGGAUCCUAGCAUCGGCCUCCAGAAAAGGAAGGAAUGGGGACACGUUUUCCAGGGAGCCGCAAGCUGCACUUGGACCCGCAAAAAGCCGCGUGCGGCUCGCGAGCCUCACUUUGGCCACUCCUGAGAUAAUGUAAGCACAGUAGAUUGAAUCGAUUGCAACAAGAAGUCAUUAAAACAUUAUUGUAGCCAGGCUCUUAAUUGUAGUUACAGCCAGUGCCUGGAAAACAUU